GACAGUGAGUGAGAGGGGCAGUAGAAGAAGAGACAGUAAAUGAGGGAAGCAGGAGUAGAAGAGACAGGGGCAGGAAGGGAAGAGACAGCCAGGGAAGAAGGAGGAAUGAGAGGGGCAGGGAGCGCAGAGCAAGAGGCAGCCCGGGCUGGAUAAGGGGAGGGAGGGAUUCAGCUCUUUCCCACUCCCCUCCUGCUUCCCCAGGGACCCCAGGAUCUCAGCCUCCUGCCAGAGAAUCUGUGUCCUCCUCCCAGUUCCUCUCUCUUCUACCUGAGAUCCGCAUCCCUCCCGGACUGACUCCAUGGAGCCAAGCGCUGCCCGGAGCCUGCCCUAGGGGGGUAGGAGCCCCGGAGCCGAGGAGCAGCCAGGGAUUCCCCUUGGAUUUGGCACUUUAUCUCCCUAGGAUUAUUUCUGGGGGGCACAUUCAUGUUCUCUAUCCAGGAUUCGCUCUCCCGGGGCGGGCUGAGCAUGAAGGAGGAGCCGCUACCUGCCGCCCUGUCCUCCGUCCGCUCCUGGAUGCAAAACUCUGGAAUUGUGGACUCCAGCACCGCCGCACAAAGUGGGAUAGGCCUGGCCCGAGCUCACUUCGAGAAGCAGCCUCCUUCCAACCUGCGCAAGUCCAACUUCUUCCACUUUGUCCUGGCGCUGUAUGACCGACAGGGUCAACCGGUGGAGAUCGAGAGAACGUCCUUCAUUGACUUUGUGGAAAAAGAUAAAGAGCAGAGUGGGGAGAAAACCAACAAUGGAAUCCAUUACAGGCUGCAGCUUCUUUACAGCAACGGACUCAGGACAGAGCAGGACCUGUAUGUGCGGCUCAUUGACUCAAUGUCCAAACAGCCAAUUAUCUAUGAAGGACAGGAUAAGAAUCCAGAGAUGUGCAGAGUGUUGCUCACCCAUGAGAUCAUGUGCAGUCGGUGUUGUGACAAGAAGAGCUGUGGGAACCGCAACGAGACGCCCUCUGAUCCAGUGAUCAUAGACAGAUUCUUCCUUAAGUUCUUCCUGAAAUGCAAUCAGAACUGUCUGAAGAAUGCAGGGAAUCCUCGGGAUAUGAGAAGGUUUCAGGUCGUGGUUUCUACAACAAUAAAUGUUGAUGGGCAUGUACUUGCUGUAUCUGACAAUAUGUUUGUUCAUAACAACUCUAAGCACGGCAGAAGGGCUCGCAGACUGGAUCCCUCUGAAGCAGCCACUCCCUGCAUCAAAGCCAUCAGUCCGAGUGAAGGCUGGACCACCGGAGGCGCUACUGUCAUUCUCAUAGGGGAUAAUUUUUUUGAUGGGCUGCAGGUUGUGUUUGGCACAAUGCUCGUAUGGAGUGAGUUGAUCACUCCGCAUGCCAUACGAGUCCAGACACCCCCGAGGCACAUACCAGGAGUGGUGGAAGUCACCUUAUCCUACAAGUCUAAGCACUUUUGUAAAGGUGCCCCGGGACGGUUUGUCUAUACAGCGUUGAACGAGCCAACUAUCGACUAUGGAUUCCAGAGACUACAGAAGGUGGUUCCCAGACACCCAGGAGACCCGGAGAGAUUACCCAAGGAGGUGUUAUUGAAGAGAGCAGCGGAUUUAGUGGAGGCUCUGUAUGGAAUGCCGCACAAUAACCAGGAUAUUAUCCUGAAACGAGCUGCUGACAUUGCUGAAGCCUUGUAUAGCGUCCCCCGUAACUCCAAUCAGCUUUCCUCGCUGACAGCCAAUCACCCCCACUCAGGCAUGAUGGGAAUCAACUCGUUCGGCAGCCAACUGGCCAUCAACAUUGCUGAAUCCUCCCAGGCAUCGGAACAAGGUUACACCAGGAAUACAAGUAGCGUCUCCCCACGUGGUUAUGUACCCAGCUCAACCCCACAACAGUCUAAUUAUAACACCAUCACCUCCACCAUGAAUGGAUAUGGAGGGUCAGCCAUGACCAGCCUGGGAGUACCUGGAUCUCCGAGCUUCCUUAAUGGCUCCACGGCUAAUUCUCCAUAUGCAAUUAUGCCAGCAAGUCCUCCACUUGGAGCAUCUUCCAUCACCCUUUCAUCCAGCGCCAACUCUGCCACACCUGCAGGAAUCUUUUCCUUCUCUCCAGUCAACAUGAUCUCCGCGGUCAAACAAAAGAGUGCCUUUGCGCCUGUAGUGCGGCCGCAGACCUCUCCGCCUCCAACCUGCACAAGCUCCAGUGCAAACAACCUCCAAGCCAUGUCUGGCCUUAUUGUGCCACCAAUGUAGACGAAGACACCUAAAACCCAAGGAAGAGUAACCACACAAAGGAAAAUGCUUUCUCCUUUUGCCGCCGUAGAUAAGGUGGAACCUGGCACUAAUUUAACAUCUUCUUAUUGGGCUGCAGAUACUGGAGAUGAAGAGACUGAAAACCCAGGAUCUGUCACAUUGUGGUUGGUGGAACCAAUUGAGAUUUAACAUUCCACCUUCCUUGAAGCCCAUGUAAGAGAAGCCGCUAAAAUCCACUGAAAAGGUCAUAUUGUGCCUUUUCAUUUCUGCCUUUGAUAAAGGACAAUUAUCCUUUUAGGACCAAACAACUUUCCUUUUUUUUCUCAAAUCAAGUCUGUUACGGACCAUUUUUUUCCUAUUACGGUGAAUUAACUGGAAUUUGUAACUUCUGAUAAUGGCUAAAGACAUGUAGUCAUCCUAAAGACCAAUCACUUUCCCCAGCCACUGUCCUCUCAUUGUUCAUUGAAACUGGAUCCUAUGGAGAGCUUACACGCAUGAGACUGGGCCAUCAUAUCGUAGCUCCAGACAAGAGAUAGAGAGAGAAGCCAGAGGGUCGAGUCCUAAAAAACUUUCCCUAGUCUGUAUGAAGGAUGGAUUCUGAAGAACCAUAUUUUGAGGUUCAUCAUCACCAUUAAUUAUCUCUCCGUCCUACAAUCACAGAGACGAUUUCCAUGAUUAUAGACCAUUUUCUCUUGUGUGUAGUCCUCCUUUUCAACUGCACUGUGACGUGGGCCAUUGUAGCACUUACUCCAUACAAAUUAUAGGAUGUUGACAUGAUUUACAGGUCAUGGGGGGCAAAACAAGUCUUUUCUACUGUGCUUUCCUUCAGAACCUCUUUGAAACUGCCCUAACAUGUAAUGCAAAUGUUAACGAGCACAAAAUAUACACGGACCAAACAAAAAGUUAGGUCAGAGAUGAAUCUUAUUGGACUGUCAACGGUAAUACUAAGGCAUGCAUAUUUCAUCAAUGUCAAGCCUAAGAACACAGUAACACAUACAGCAAAGGGAUGGCUGAUGAUUGUGUUUUUACACAAACAGAAUGUCGUUGACCACUUUUAUACAUUCAACCUCAAACCCAACUCAAAGCACAUGGGAGAGAGCUGAACCCUCCUACCUACACUAACCAAGUAGACAUUAAUGGUUAGUUAAUUCCAAUACACCUUCCUUUAGACUCCUUACUCUUGCAAUUGGUGGUGGGGAUGUAGUUUUGUAAUGCUGUUUCUAAACCAGUGGCCUUAGGCAUGAAUAUAAAGGGCUAGGUUAGAGACACAGAAGGUUUCCAGUGCUAAGAAAACACUUUCCUUAUUUAUAAUGACUUGUAUUUAUUCACCCUCUCCUAUCCCUAGUUCAGAGGCAUUCCCGUAGCCUGUUUGUAUAUUUGUGUGCAAUAAAUUCCCACUGCAACAGGCCUCUGAAAAGCAACGGUUCCCUCUUGUUGUUAAAGAAUCUUCUUCCUCACUCUUUAAGCAUCUAUACCACCACUAGGCACUCACUAACAUAAGAUGGGGCGGGUGGGGGACACAAGAAAAUCCACACAGUCCUUAUAACUGUAGCGUUUGUAAGAAAACCUGUAAGGUUCUUUGUGUAAAAUGUAUGCAUAUCUUGUUGUGAAAGUAAUACGACCCAAUCAGUGGUAAGCUGUGCCUGUAUUCCCACAAUUCUGACCAAUCCACUGGCUUCCAUCUUGUUUCUCUUCUGUACAAAAGAACAAGAAACCACCCUCUACAUCUCCAUGGCCAACGUAGAAUGUGCAGGAAUAUAUAUCUCCUACCCAUAAACAGAAGGAGCUCAAUGACUGUACAAUAGGUACAUCGUUCACAGGUUAGGAACCAACUUAACCAACAGAGGCAACUACCAAUUUGUUUUUAUCAUCAGCAAUGUCAAUGUUUUUGAUCUAUUUGAAUUCAUUAUUCGUCUUUCAGUCAACUGACUGCAACGUUGCUUGGGUAACUGGGACAAUUGCAACUGUACAAUGAUUCCAAACUGGAGAGAUUCAAAAUAAAAAUGUUUUAAAAAUGUCGAAAACGCACUUACAUUUAAGGUGAACAUCUAAGGAGAACAUGCUCAAGUUAACAUUCAUUGGAAUAUAGAGAGAUACAUUGACUGUUGUUCUUUUAGUUCUGUGUUUCUCCAGUAUGACAGUUAUCUUGAAAUUUGACUCAGUUGGCUUGGCAAGGGUACCAGAUGAUCAUCAGCACUAUCUUAUAUGCACCGUAACCCUAUAACACCUAGUUAGCAUGAGCUACAUCUAAUUUCUGGAACGGUGGGUGGGCCUGGAUGUUGGGUUAACUGGAGGGCCCUUGGAGGUCCAGUCUGACACUGUUUCUAGGGUCACUAACCCCAUUAUCUGCCAUGGUUUGAAGGACAGACUGAUGAUGAAGAGAGGACCUUAAAAAGAGAUAAAAGUAGUAAAAAAAACCUUGCUUCCUACACUGUGACGUUGGUGUGCUUUCUGGGACGUAGAUCAUUUACCAAUGAUUUCUAAAUGGAUUGGGCAUCCUGAAAAGUGGGAAGUGUUUUGGUAGAUCAGGAGCAUAACAGGGAGUUGAUAUGGUGAAUUGAGAAUUGUCCCGUGUUCAUAUUUAAAUGUUGAGGGGUAUGCAUAUGAUAUCUGUCAUAUCUGGUGGUAGAGAGAAAUUAAGAUAAUGGAUAUCAGAAAGGUCUGUGUGUACCUUAAUGAUUUCCUCCCACCAGUAAUUGUAGACUUGAAUGCCUCCAACUGUUCAGAUUGAAUCUUCAUUCUCCUACUAAAUGUUCAAUUCCUUUUAGAACAAAAGGUCAUUCCUACCUGUCAGCUUACUCAUGAAAUAAAAAUAUCAAAAUCUGA